AGUUUAGAUUCUACUACGCAGUAGACCAUAACAAUUACUCGGUUUAACCUUAUUUUAUAAAAAAAUGUAUUGGUUAUUCGUGUGCAUGGUAACGUGUUUGAUUUUCUACGUCAACGCUUGGGGCCGUGGUGACUUGGAGAAAUAUGGACCCUUUCAAAUUGCCUUACGCUCAAAUUUAAUAAAAUGUAAGUUUCAAGUUGCUUAUAAUAAUUUUUUAAUAUACGCGAAUAUCACACAAAUUGAACUAGGAUAACUUUAGAAGAUUAUAGCCUAUCAAAAUUCCACUGUUGAAAAAAAAAGGCCUUCCUUAUAGAUAAUCUCAUCAAUCAAGUCAAAAAUCAAUCUCUCGGCAGAUGGGUUGGCAAACGCAUUUUUUAAUAUUGAACUGUUAUCAGGAAGAUGCUUUUAUAUAUCUUCAUACGGCAGAUGACGAAGAAGAAGAUAGGCUGCUGUUUCGGUUCUCCUUAGUCACUUCUACGACAUCCACGGGAUUAUUCCCCCCACCUAUAACCAUGGGUUCUGUAAAGCACAUACAUACAAGCGUCGGUAAUUAAAGACUUAAAAUUAAAUGCGAUAAAAUUCAUAAAAUUAGUUUUCAUUCCAUUUAUUUUUUAAUCAACCCGGUUAUAUAAAAUUUGAUUUUAACAGGUAAUCAUAAUAGGACAUUAAAUCUCGACGUGAGUGAAAUCGAUGUAUAUUUUUACGAUUUUUCUAGAAGUGAAGUUGAAAUAUUUUCAAUACAAAACGCAGCACCCGGAAUUCUUAAUUAUAAAGAAAUAGAUAAAACAAAGAAAUUUAUUAUAUUUGUUGGAGGUUACAAAUCUAAUAUCAACAAGAGAACGGAGGAGCGAAUAAGAGAUACGUUUAGAAAUUUUCCAAACAGCUAUUUAAUUAUACUUGAUCAUUCACCUUACACAAAUGCUAAUCAAGGUCAAGUCAAAAGUUAUGGGAGAUCAGUCAAAUACGUUUAUUAUAUUGGGAAAGCAUUAGCUCAGAUGUUAACUGGCUUAAAGGAAGGUGGCAUAUCACCAAAGAACAUACACUGUAUUGGACAUAGUUUAGGAGGUCAAAUUCUCGGCAAUACUGGGCAAAUAUUUUUCGAAAACACGGGACAGAAGAUAUCAAGAAUAACUGCACUGGACCCAGCUGGUCCAUGUUUCUCAAACAGUUUUAUUGAAGAACAAGUCAGAUCUGGAGUCGCUGAUUAUGUCGAAGUAUACCAUUGCAAUGCUGGUGGCUUAGGAACAACAAGUGUGCUAGGAGAUAUAGACUUUUUUGUGAACAAAAAAGGACAAUCGCAACCUAAAUGUAAGACACCAUUUAUCCCUGGGAUUUUCGAUUCAAGUAAGGCAGCGAAAUGUAAUCACAGAGCUUGCAUAGACCUAUGGACGGCUACAGUCAGCCAUCCGGAAUGGUUCCCAGCACAUAAAUGUGACACAUACAAGAAAUACAAAGACGGCAGUUGCUCAGCUAAUGACGUAACUACAGCUGGUUUUUGGAAUCCUGGUAAUGCAACUGGCGUGUAUUAUUUUUCAACCGAAGGUUAUGAUGUGCAGUAAUAAAUAUGUUUUAUAUUUAAAUGUUAAUAAAGUACAAUACAAUUGUAAAUUAGCCUUUAAAAAACAUACUAUUAUAAUUUAUAAAUUGCAAUUUAUUAAUAACAAAAUCUAUAUUAAUAGUAGUAUCAUUUAAUAAUUUAAUUAUUAUUAAAUAUAAACAUUUUUAAUUAUGAUUGCAAUAAAAAUAAGAUAAGCACUUAAAUUAAAUUAUAACAAAUGACAUAUCAUAUUGAAAUUUAAUUAAAACAAGAGAUUAUUAAAUUACAUAAAGGAAAAAAGUAAUAAUUCACCCUUUACUAAUAUUGAAUGUCCCAUGCAGGACAGGAUUAUAGUGCAUGGGCGUGUAUACAAGCACAGGUGCAAUCUCUAUUUUAUUCUACCUUACUCGUAUAUUGUGAUGAGACGUCAAUCCGACACAACUGGAGAGAAAUGAGGCGACUGAUCAACUGUUAUUGAGAAUUUCUUGAUUUAAACCCAAUUACUGAUUUUAGCCUGACCUGGCAUUAAUAAUAAUAUGAAAUAUAAUAAUAUUAUGUGGUAUUGGUUAGAUUGUGCUGUAAGUAUCGUAAGAGGCAACUAUGGGAAUUGCUAGAAAGUUCUAAUGGAUUCCGAUAGUCAGCGGUGUGACCGACCCGUAUAAAUCAGACUUAUAAUACGCAAACCGUCAAUGAGGAGUAGAUUUAAAGGUACAAGAAGACGGACUACGAUGCAGACUGCAUUUCACCUGCCAAGAGUAAAAAUCAAAACAGAACGGAUACAUACUACUUAGUUUAAUAUUUUAAUCAUAGUAAACUUAAUAUUUAUAAAUUAUGAGUAAAUUCACAGUCAUCAGUUUUACAGCCCAUUACAAGUCCAUUGCUGAACGUAGACCUUCCUUAAUGAAUAGCUUACCAGGUCGUUAGUCCAUCUAGUAGGGAGCUGCCUUACAUUGCGCCUUCCGGCACGAGGUUGCCACUAAAGAAACAAUCAUUUGUUCUUAUGAGUAAAGUAAAUACCUACCAGUCUCUGAAAAAUAGUAAUAAAUAGGAUGCGUAUGUUUAUCCUUUUGUAGGCUGUAAUAAUAAUGUAAUGAUAAUGAUGAAAAAAAUAAGAACAGUAAGACCCGUCCUGUGACCUGAAAUACAGAAGAUUACAUUAGUCUUAAAUUAUAUUAUAAUAGCUGGCCCUCGCGACUUCGCCCGCGUAAAAUUUACUACGAUUUCAAGGUUUUUGAUUUUUUGCGCGGAACCCUGAUUCUUCUAAAAUAAAAGAAUCCUAAGUUACUCUUUAUAAUGUCAGCUAUCUGCAAAUGAAAGUCCCGUCAACAUCGGUCCAGCCGUCGGAGUUCGGAGAUUAGCCGGAACAAACAGACAGACAGACGUACGACAGACAGACGUACAGACAGACAGACAUACAAAAAUGUUAAAAAUUGUAUUUUUUUGUUAUUAGUACCGUAUAUACUUUCAUAUGCAUUUAGUAAAAAGCUGUUAUUUUAACAUUACAAAUAGACACUUCAAUUUUAUUUAUUUGUGUAGAUUUACCGCAACAAUAAAAUAGAAUACAAACAGCCUCACGCGCUCUAAACAUUCCUGUCGCUCGUCACGUCACUUGUGACACUGAGCUAAAACUGUCAAUUGACGAAUUGAGUAAUCCUCUUUCUAGCUUAACACACAAUUCACAGUCAAUCAGAAUUGACUGUGACUUAUGUGUGAAUUCUUACAAUUCAUGCCCACUGAAUCUGUGUUUUAACGUAAAAUAAAAUUUAUGUUAUUUUUAAAUAUAAAGAAGUUGACUUCAGCAUAUCUCUGCCACGUAAAACAAAAUAAAAAUGCUGCUGGUAUAUUAUAGUUGUAGCACGAAUGGUUUAGCUAUGCCGGGGUAGGACCGCGCUCUCACAGAACACCAGCGUAAAAUAGCAGGUUAUUGCUACUGUGUUCGUAUGGUUGGUGUAGAGAACCGAGGACCCCUUUUACUGGAAACGAGGCAUUCCAUCUUAUUUCUCAAUGCUGACAACGCACCUGCAUUUGUAUUCUUUAUCGAGGAUACAUGAUAGAUAUCCAUUUACGUUCAGGUGAACUGUGUGCUCGUUUGUCACACUUAUUCUAAAAAAAAAUAACUUGUUGAAGUGACUUGGUUAGUAAUGCAGAUAUCGAAAUGGAUAGUGUCGAAUGCGCUGGCGUAUCUUCUGCCAUUUUAACAGUGAUUAUAAGUAUUUCAAAAGCCAAAGAUAAAUGGUAUGCUGUUAUUAAAUUACCUGUCUAACUUGUUUAGCAGUUCCUGAGAAGUGUCAGUGAGACAAACAAUCGCAUAGAACAAUAAUGGAAAAAUUAAAGAUUCAAAGAGGAGAAGUUUAGUAGGAGAAGGCUAAAAGAGCUUAAGGCUGAGAUGGAAUGAAGUAUAAGAAGAACCUAUGACACCUUAACGUAAAACAAAGAGACGUGUCAAUAAACAAACGCAGAUUUUUAUACUAGUGCUUAAGGGAGUAACGCAACGUACGGAAUGAAUGCUAAACUGUGCCUGAACAAAAAUCUAAACUGAAAAUGAAUUU